UAGUUGUUAUUGUUGUUGUUGCUGUUGCGUGUGUCCGAAUUGCCUUUCAAAAGUCAAAUCCAAAUAACAAAAUUCGGUAAAAACCAUGUGUAUAAAUUUCUAAAAUCACCCCUGGACCCGGCAAUCACAUCCUAUUUUCGGACACCUUUAACAUUAUGGCUGGCCCGGAGGCGGAGGGCUUGUAAAUAUCGGAACACCGCCAAUCGAAGAAAAGAACACAACCCCUUGAAGAGUGAGAAAUUGUAGCCGAACAGCAUGCAAUCCCUGCGUAGCUGUUCGGCUCGUGGCCUUAUCCUCUCCAGCGCUUUUCGCAGUCAGCGUAGCCUGAGGAUAAGUUGGCCACGGAGAGCCGGGACAACUGGAGGAGCAGCUUCUGGUGGAGGAACUACAAAUACAGCCACUGUAGGCUUUGGAGCACUCCAAAAAUUGCGGGAAUGGCAUUCGAACGCCUUUAGUAGUCGUUUCCUGCUAUUUACCAACGUGGGCAUCUCCCUUACCCUAAGUUGUGUGGGCGACGUUCUUGAACAGCAUCUGGAGAUCUAUUGCGGUGAAAUCGAACGCUUUGAGUCCACCAGAACUGCCCACAUGGCCAUUAGUGGUGUAACGGUGGGCGUGAUUUGUCACUAUUGGUACAAGAUGCUGGACAAACGAUUACCUGGCCGAAGUAUGCGCGUGGUGGCCAAGAAGAUCGUGCUCGACCAGCUGAUCUGCUCGCCCAUCUACAUUAGUGCUUUUUUCGUUACGUUGGGCCUGCUAGAGCGGAAGGACAAGCACGAGGUAUGGGAGGAGAUCAAGGAGAAAGCGUGGAAGCUAUACGCCGCCGAAUGGACAGUGUGGCCAGUGGCGCAGUUUGUCAACUUCUACUGGAUCCCCACUCAUUAUCGCAUCUUCUAUGACAACAUCAUUAGUCUGGGCUACGACGUGCUAACCUCAAAGGUCAAGCACAAACAAUCCCAUUCGCACCUCAAGAAGAUUCCCUAACCCUGCGCCAGCCUCUGCUCCUCCUGCUUUCCUUGUAACUAUUUAUUAUCAAAGCAAAAACCUUGUAAAUAUAAACGAGCCCGUGUACAGAGACCAAGCAAA